CUCUCAUAAUCAACCACUCUCUUGAACUUGUCCAAAUUCUAAAUUUCAACCAAAAAAAAAAAAAAAUAUAUCCCCUUAACUAAAAGAUAUUCAUGUACUACCAAAGAAGAAACACAGCCUCCUCAAUCAUGGAGGGUUUUUCGCUAAAUCCUUUACCAUAUCCAGUCUUAUUAAUUCUAGCUGUAAUUUUCUUAUUUCUUGGUAUACAAUGGUUUGUUUCAUAUGAAGAAGUGAUGGAAGCUACUGAAGAAAGUUUUGGUUGGAUACUUUUGGCUGUGCCACUUGUCCUUUUAUUUGUCGUCCGAUGGUUGUCCACCAUGGACACACCGGAGUGGUUUUCCGGCGGGUCACCGUGGGAUCGACGACGGAGGAUGUAUCAAAUGCCAUCUGAAGGAAGCUCACCUUGGGGAGUGGCUGCUUUGAUUGUAUUGUUACUAGUUUUGUUGCAGUAUCAGUCUACUUUUCUUGAUAUGUGGUUUAUAUAGAGUAGUUGUUUUUAUUAUUACAUGAGGAAUUACUAAUAUUUAUGUGUUGAUUAAGUGUGUAUAUAUGUAGCUACUGAUUGUAAUUCAACUUCUACGAGGAAAAGUAGAAAUAUGUUGAACCAUAUUUUCGUUUGCAUCA